AUGAGUAUUGAUCCGGUGGAGCUUGCUUUAGGUGCUGUUCUAGGAACAGCAUUCAGUGUACUCUAUGCUGGCGUUGAAGAUCUGAUUGCCAAGAACCACUUGUUCAGAGGUCUCUUCAAAGACAUCAAAUCCAAGCUAGACACCCUGAAGCCACUCCUCGCCGAUAUGACACUGUCUAACAAGCAACUGUCGUACGCAAACAACGAUGAGCUUAGAGGUUUAGAACAAGUACUCAAGGCCGGAGAAGAGCUUGUUCGAAACUGCUCAAACGUUAGUAGGUGGGAUCUCUACAGAAAGUAUAAAUACGCCACAAAGCUUCUUGCAUGGGGAGAAGAUCUUGAAAGCCAAUUCAAGCUGCUGCAGGUGCACGGAAUCAGGGAUGGGAAGAGGACUGCGGUGGUAGUAGAAAACAUAGAGGUGGGGGUUAGCCAAAUCUCUAGUACUCUGGAGGAAGUGAACCAACGCAUGAUAGAGAAUUUUAUGAUACAAAACCAAUCUGCUUGGUGUGGAGUACCUGCACUUCCGGAGGUUAUAGUUGGAUUGAAAGCUCCAUUGGAGAAAUUGAAGACCGAGCUUCUUGGGAAUGAAGAAUUCUCAAUGCUUGUGCUCACUGCUCCGGGUGGAUGUGGGAAAACUACCUUGGCAACAAAGUUUUGCACAGAUCAGGAAGUCAAAGAUAAAUUCGGUGAAAAUAUCUACUUUGUCACUGUUACCAAGAAGUAUAGCUUAGAUUCAAUUGUAGAACAACUAUAUCGAAGCAAGGGUUGUCAAGUUCCUACUUUCCAAAACGAAGUGAAUGCAGUUCAAGGGCUGCAACAGUUUUUAAAGGAUGAAGGAGGGAAACCCUUACUGUUGGUCUUGGAUGAUGUUUGGUCCGGAUCAGAUUCUCUUCUUUGCAAAUUUGAUUGCAAAAUGGCAAAAAUGAAGAUUCUGGUGACAUCAAGAUCUGAAUUUCGAGCAUUCUGUCCUCCAUAUUGUCUAGAAAUGUUGGGUUGUGACGAUGCAAUGAAACUUUUUCAUCAUUCAGCAUCCUUGGGAGAUAAGAGCUCUCAUAUUCCACCAAAGCUUGCCAGAAAGAUAGUAGAGCGUUGUAAGGGAUUUCCACUUGCCAUUACAGUGGUGGGCAGAUCACUUUGUGCACAACCUAUAGAGAUGUGGCAAGACAGACUAAAUCAAUGGUCUAAAGGUUCAUCUAUUUUUGAUUAUGAGACUGAUUUACUUCUUUCCCUCCGAAGGAGCUUGGAUGCUUUGGACACGGAAAGGGCUAUCAUCAAACAAUGCUUCUUGGACCUUGGUUCAUUUCCUGAAGACAAGAGAAUCCCUGUUAAUGCCCUUAUUGAUAUAUGGUCCGAGUUACAUGAUACGCAUGAAGAUACUUCGUGUAUUGCAGCCCUCUGCGAACUCAACAACCGGAGCCUGGCUAAUCUUACAGACAAUAGGACGGGGAAAUUGGAUGGGGAAGGAUAUUAUGGUGACCACUAUGUCACCCAACAUGAUUUGCUUAGGGAGCUGGCUAUUUAUCACUCGAAGCUAGAAUCAGCAGAGCUUAGAGAAAGAUUGUUCAUAGACAUAUGUGGAAGCAAUCUUCCCAAGUGGUGGAGGGAACAAAAGUAUCAAGCUUUGAAAGCUCGCCUUCUAUCUAUAUCAACUGGUUGUCCCAUUUUUCCGUUACUGUUCUUAAGCAAUAUGUUCACUAGAUUCAAUUCACUUGCAUCUAAUAGCAUUUUGUUUGUAGAUGGAGAGUCUGCAACUUUGAAAUGGCCAAACAUGCAUCUGCCAGAAACAGAGGUACUAGUGUUGAAUUUGCGGGAGACAAAGAAGUAUGCUAUACCCGAAUUUGUGGAGAAAAUGGAGAAUUUGAAGGUACUAGUAAUCACAAAUGAGCAUAUCUGGAAAUGUAAGUUGACCAAUCCUCAACUAUUAAGUUGGUUUUCCAAUCUAAAGAGAAUGAGAUUAGAGGGCCUCUCAUUAUCAUCCAUAUUCAACUCCAUACAAGUGAAGAGUCUACGGAAGUUGUCUUUGAUCAAAUGCGAUUCUGAAUCAGAAAAGUUUUCCCAUGCUUUUCCAAAUCUUGAAGAGAUGUACAUGGACCAAACUGCUAUUUGGAAGCCAUUAUUUCGCGGGUUAUGUGAUCUGAUUUCCCUAAAGAAGCUCACCAUCUGCCGGCCAGCUUGGAUACAAGUUCCUGACGAGAUUGGAAAUUUGGUCAAUUUAGAAGAAUUGAGGUUGAUGGAAACGUCACAGCCUUCAGAGUUUCCAGACUCGAUCAGGAACCUCAAAAAGUUGAACACUCUUUGCAUAUUGGAUUGCUUCGUCUUGAAAGAGUUACCUGAAUGUAUUGGUGAAAUAAGGAGUCUAAGAAAGAUAGACACGAGGGGUUGCUACAGGCUCAAGAAGCUGCCGCUAUCAGUAUUGGAUUUGAAGCAGUUAGAGGAGGUGAUAUUUGAUGAAUAUUCCGAAAGAGUAUGGCUACCCCUGUUGCCCAGUCUCAGAGACAAAAACAGAGACAUACGCAUUGUUGUUGCUGCGGUCACUGAUUGCAGAAGAGAGCAUUUAAAGGUUGAACAGAGGAGAAUAGACUUUCUAAAGCGUCUAAAAAUGGCUGGUGGUGUGCGAUAG